AUGAAUAAAUACUCUUGCCGGCUCCCAUAUUUCACGAUUGCGAGCAACAUGAAGCUCCUCCUAGUGCUGGCUGGCUUAAUAGCAUUGUCUUCUGGCAAUGCUAUCCCCAUGAUCCCUGGAGACAACAGUCAUUAUGUGGAAGGUGUAAGCCGUUACGUUUGGAUGCCUGAUGGCGAGGGUGUUCCUCACCUCGUCGACUUGGACGAACCGGCUGAGGAAGACAUCCUUAUGUCAAGGAACGGUGCAAACAACCAAUACUGGCUUUUCACCAGACGUAACCAAAACAACCAUCAAGUUAUUACAAAUGGCAAUGUCAACUCUAUCCGGAACUCGAACUACAAUGGAAACCUGCCUCUCUUUGUUAUUGUCCACGGCUGGAACAGCAACGGAAACUCCGCUGUGAACACCAUGAUCCGCCCCGCCUUGUUGGCAGUUUCCGACUGCAACGUUAUUGUUGUGGAUUGGCGUGGUCUUGCCAACGGUCUAUACAACACUGCCGUCAAUGGAGUUCCCAGUGUCGGACAGUUCCUUGGCAACUUUUUGGUCUGGCUCAUCAACAACGGAGGCGGCAAUUGGGGUCGAGUCCACUUGAUUGGCUUCAGCUUGGGCGCGCACGUUGUCGGUAACGCUGGACGACAGGCUGGUGGCAGACCCAACAGGGUUACCGGUUUGGAUCCGGCUGGGCCCAGGUGGGGUGGUAACAACCAAGCCCUGAACCGUAACGCAGGAGCUUAUGUGGAGGCAAUCCACACCGACGGUGGUCUUCUCGGUAUUUUUGACCGCAUUGCUCAUGGUGACUUUUACCCCAACGGUGGCAGAAACCCCCAACCGGGUUGCAGAGUUAGUACCUGCUCUCACAGUCGAGCCUACGAAUUGUACGCCUCCACUGUUCGUCACAAUCGUUUCGUUGGCAGACUAUGUAACAACCUCAAUCAGGCUCAGAACAAUCAGUGCUCUGGAGGUACCUUCAACAUGGGUAAUGCCGUAUUUGGUAAGCGCGGAAACGGAAUCUACGGACUCAGAACUGGCAGCAGUUGGCCUUUCUAAAAAUACGAUAUCUGUUAAUCAAAUAAAGCAAAAUUCGACGAUAA